UGUUAGACGUUCCCGUUUAUACUAUGUGUAAUCAAUUGUGAUUUUAUUCCUAAAUAAAAUUGCCUAAGAAUCCUCAGAUCUCAUUCGUUCUCACUGGCCGCGCAAGUCCACCUGUUACAUUUUGGUGUCAGAAGUGGGAUCUGAGUGUUUCAUUCUAAGGUAUUUUAUUAAAGAAUAAACGGGAACGUACUAACGACGAAGGAUGGAAGAACAAGUAGCCGCCUUGACGAUCAAACUUAAAGAAUUGGAGACCCUGCUGCAGAAGCAAGCCACAGGUGCAACCGACCAAUCACAGCCAUCCACAAGUGGUACCARCCCAUCCACCAUACGCGUAACCGUCCCCAGAGAACGGAAAUUUGGGAGGUACGGAGGAGCCAGGGAUGACCAGACGCUUGAGGAAUGGAUAGCUGACGCAAAGAGGGCCAUACGGGACCAGCCUGAUGCAGAAGCUGUGGACGCCCUGAUAUCWCACCUGGACGGAGUGGCCAAGGACGAGGUUAAACURCAUCCUGCAGCCCAGUGGGACAAGCCRGAUGGGGUUUACAAGAUAUUGAGGGACACCUUCAGUGAGCAGCUGACGCCAACCCAAGCAAUGCGGAAGUUCUUCGCACGACGGCAAGGCGACAGGGAGCAGGUGCAGGACUUCGCCCAUGCUCUGAUGGUCCUCUUCGGACAAGUGGAAAGACUACAGGGUGCAGACCACCCUCUGGACAAAAACAAACUCCUAAAAGAACAGUUCGUCGAAAACCUGCGUGACCCUUCCCUGCGAAGGGACAUCAAAAGGUGGGAACGAGAYCACCCGGACGCCACCUUCCAGGAUGUACGGCUGGAGGUCCACCGCUACCUAGAGGAGGAUACCCCAUCCCAGCGGAGAGUGGGUGUGCRUGCCGUGGAAGCGACAGAGGAUCCUCUUCUGUGUAAUGAAGUCAGGCCUGCCAGAAAUCAGCAGAGGGUAAUUGAAGACCUAGUACGUGGCCAGAAGGUGCUCGCGGAGGAACUUCAGAAGCAGCAACAGUCUCUCAAGAGCCAUGCCGAGCAGCAGAGGAAGGUGAUGGAUCAGCAACAGGCGACCCUGACAAAACUCCUGGCUGCCAUGGAAUCAAAACCGUGGCGGCCAGACUGCUGUUUCAACUGUGGACAGGAAGGACAUUUUGCCCGUUCUUGCCCAAAGACGCCGAAAAGAACACAGAAUAGCAGACAACCAAGCAAGCCGGCGUCAAACUACAAACCUCCACCGCAGUGAGCCAAGCGRUGGAGGAGGAUGA